UUACCCCCCUAAUAAAAAAUCAACCAAUAGUUAAGAAGCUUCCUCAACUUAACCAAAUAUCCCAAGUAGACCCCACAAUACCACACAUAUUUUCACCACAUAAUCACAUAGCAUUACACGUGUCACAAGCUAAACCCAAGAUCAAAAUCUAGGUAAAAAAGAGUUCCAUAGUAGAAUUAUCUAGACUCAACCACAACAUAACAUUUCUUAGUGAAACUGAUAACUCCACUCUUUCUCUCUCCUCUUUUGUCCGCGGCGUUUCGUCUCUAACAACAAUCACUCCCACACAAAAUUCCAUCAUUUUCUCUCUCCUCUGUAACGACUCCAUAAAUUAUAAAAUUAAAAUUAAAUAUUAAUAAAAAUUAAAUCUUUUGGGGUUUUCUUUUAGUUUUGUAUUUUAAUUUUGGUUUUAUUAAUAAUUCCAAAAUAAGUGUGAAGAAAAAAAAAAAAGGGGGAGAAAUUUAAUCUCAUCGAAACCCUAGAAAACCCGAAGAAGAAGAGCUAAAACCCUAGUUUUUAUUUGGGGUAAGAGAGAGAAAGAGGAAAUUCCGAAAUCUGAGAUUUUGGGUUGUGAAAGUUUCGAUUUUUCUGGGGAAUUUGUGUUUUUUUUGUUGAUUAAUUAUUAAUCAAAUAAAAAUGUCGACGGCGUCGUACGGUCGUAGUCGUAGUGGUGAUAGGUUUUACAAUCCGCCGGCGGUGCGACGGCAACUUCAGCUUCAACAGCAACAACAGCAGCAGCAACAGCAACAGAUUGUUGUGCAACAGCAGCAGCAGAAGCAGAAACAGCAGGAAAGAGAUGAGAUUAGGAAAGAGAAACAUCACAAUCAGAAUCAGAAUCAUAGCCACCAUAAUCAGGCGCAGUUGUCGGCGCAACAGCAGCAGCAGAGGCGGCAGAAAUCGGGGGUGGUUGCGGUGGAUGCGGGUAAUCAGCCGCAGUUGGAGAAGAGAGUGAAGAGUUCGUCUUCGUUGUCGGAGAAUCGAGUGGAAUCUGAUGAUUGUGCUUCCACUGCGACUACUACGACGACACCGGGUGCUUCGGUGUCGUCGUCGUCGCAUUCCACCAAUUUGGAUCGGUUUUUGGAGCAUACUACUCCAUCUGUCCCUGCUCAACACUUUUCUAAGACGAGCAUGAAGGGAUGGAGAACUCAGGAUGAUGAGUUUCGACUGUACUUCGUGCUUGGCGAUCUCUGGGAGUCGUUUAAGGAGUGGAGUGCGUACGGGGCAGGAGUGCCGCUUUUGUUAAAUGGUAGUGACUCUGUUGUGCAGUAUUAUGUUCCAUAUUUAUCGGGCAUUCAGUUGUACAUAGACCCAUCAAAGCCCUCCCCAAGAACCAGAAUGCCUGGGGAGGAGAGCGAUGAGUCAUCUAGAGAAACUUGUAGUGAUGGCAGCAGCGAUUGUGAAACAGAAAGAGGACCUUGCAAUUUUGCUGCAUGGAACCAGCAGGAUCUUGCAGAGUCUACUCUACAGGAUAUGAAGGCACUUUCACUGAGAUAUAAGCCCUUCAAUGGGUCAUCUAGCGAUGAAGGGGAAUUUUCUAAUUCUCCCGGUGUUCUUACCUUCGAAUAUUUUGAGCAUGAUCCUCCCUAUAGUAGGGAACCAUUGGCUGAUAAGAUAUCGCUCCUUGCAUCACGUUUCCCAGAAUUAAAAACAUAUAGGAGCUGCGAUUUGUCGCCAUCAAGUUGGAUUUCUGUUGCUUGGUAUCCAAUAUACAGAAUUCCAACUGGUCCAACCCUCCAGAAUUUGGAUUCCUGCUUUUUGACGUUUCACUCCCUCUCAACACCUCUUCGUGGUGGACAGAGUGAGUGGCAAAGUCAUAACAGUUCUUGUCCAAGGGAGAUUCCAAAUGGGGGCUUUGGUAUAGGUCUUAAGAUACCAUUGCCUAUAUUCGGCAUGGCUUCUUAUAAGUUUAAAAUCUCCGUUUGGGAUCAAAAUGGAGUCGAUGAUUCUCAGAAGGCCAAUUCCCUGUUGCAAGCUGCUGAUGAGUGGCUCCGGCUUCUAAAUGUCAAUCAUCCUGAUUACAGGUUUUUUGUCUCCCACAACUUUAACUGGAGAUAAGUGCAUGGAGCAAUUAUAUGGACCGGUGAAAGAGUAGAGUUAAUAGCUGACUCCUCUGCUCAGCUGACUAUAUGUAUUUUAAGUUGUCGGCUGAGUAUGCAGAAUCCCCUCUCGCCUUUGUGUUCCUCUAUCUGCAACUUUGGUUUUGCAUUACUUGUAUUUUCAGAGGAAGUUUUAGAAACAUCAGCUUUGGUAACUUACAAGCUCUACUGGUGGAAGAUGAAGUUAUUCCCGUGUAAUUUGCUAAAUAACUUGCUGUACCAAAACUUUCUGAUGUGAUACAGUUGUUUGAGGAUGGGAUUCCUGAGAAUUCUUAGGCAGGUUGAAAGUCUUAGGACUUUUGUUUGCCCUUGUAUGUGACUAGGUUCUGUUUCGGAAAAAUGAGUAGAUAUCAUAUGAGCAAGUUUUUAUUUGUACAAAUACAUGCUUUGCUUGGAAUGAAUAGGUUUCUGGUCGCUGUUUGUGCAAGCU